AUGGCUAAAAAGCAGAAAGUCAAACGCAUAUCAAGGGACUCAGAAUCAGCUUUAUUCCCAGAAGCCAUUUACAAGUUAAAUGAUGAUCGAACAUCAAUGCCCAAGAGUUAUGAGUUCCUGCCCUAUCCAGAAUGUAUCCUAAAUUACAAGGUUAUUUUACUCCCCAAGUUUUUUAAUGCAAAGAUUUGUGAAUCCAUAAUAUCCCAUUUUUCUGUAUCAAAUACUAUGGAAUCAUUCUGUCAAAGAAGAACGAAGGAUUACGCUGAACGUUUCAACGAUAGAGCAUCUGUAAUAAGCUCAGAAGUUGCAAAUAUAAUAUGGGCUAGGCUCUUCAGAGUUCUUCAAAAAGAUAACUAUAUAAUUGAUGUCUUGGGGUUUAAGCAUUCAAAGGGAUUGAACCCACAACUGAGGGUUUAUCGCUAUGAAGAGGGACAUCAUUUCGGCAAACACUAUGAUGAAUCAGUCAAAUUGGAUCAACUAGGAACAACACAGUGGACCCUCCUAAUUUAUCUUUCAGGAGGCGAUUCUCUGGUUGGUGGUGAUACUAUAUUUUACGCACCAGACAAUAAUAAAGCAGAGUAUAUACAUCCGUCUAAAGGUCUAGCACUUCUGCAUAAGCACGGCGACGAUUGCUUACUGCAUGAAGCUCAGAUGGUGGAAAAGGGAGUGAAGUGGGUAUUGAGAAGUGACGUCAUCUUUUAG